UGAACAACUUGACAUCUGUGUAGACUACGGCUGGCGAGUGGCAAAGUAGUUAUGGAAGUACACAGCAGUUUUUAUUACCCUUUUCGCGUUAACUAACCGAGCUUUAUCUUAUUGUUUUAACUUUCUAAUGCAACGUAGAAUAACGAGCUAACUUUAGCUUGACUUAAAGAAGACAACGGACACGCGACACUGCGGGACGGUUACCGUUUUAACCAACGUUCGGCUCCUCUGUUAUGGGACUUUGUCAAAAGAACAUUUGUUAUGGAAAUAUGAACGGUCAGUUCCUUGUCACUCUGUUACUAGCCGACCAAAGAGGAGCUGUGACAGCUAUCUAAACAUGCGUCUGGUCACACCUGAAUGAACCAUGUCGACGGUGACGGUGCUGGCCGCGUUGUGGGUCAGUUUGGUUCGGUGCAGUGUCUCCUCCGGGUCUCCGGGACCCGGAUGUGACAAUGGAAAGCUGUAUUUGGAGAGGGACAUGCCUCCGAAUGCUCUUUAUUGGGACUGUCCAGGGACUAUAUGGCCAGAAUCUAUUCGGAGACUUCCCAGUAUUGACACAGUGUAUGAUCCUGUGCCAGCCAGGCAGCUCUGCAUGGAUACAUCUAUUUCCUACAACCAAAGCAUUCCCAGCAGUGGAGCGUACAGACCGGUGAGGGCAGAGAGUGGAGAAUACUUGUACUGUCCUCCUCAACGGUGGCUCAAUAACUUGCACCAUGGAGCGACUGUGCUGCUCUACCAUCCCUGUGUUCCUCUCCACGAGCGCCUGCUUCUGUCUGUCCUGGCCCGCUCCUGUCUGUCAGACUACAUCGUUAGCGCACUUCCACAGCUCAAAGAACACAUGCCCAUAGCCCUCGUGUCGUGGGGUCACACCUUGGAGCUGUCCACCACGUGGUCUUCAGACAUCUAUGAUUGGCUGGAGACCACAGCAUCCACGAGGAAGUUGUUUGUUGGUGUGAACCCGAGCAGGAAGUUCAACCUGCUGCUAACCCGGUCAGCUGAGCAGCACCGGCAGCAACGUGCAAAUCCAGAGGAACAGGAGUCUUUGAGGCGAUGCUUUGAACGGACCAUCUCCUCUCAGCUGAAUGGAGCGAUGGAGAAAGUGCUGCAGUCCAACAUAAAGAGUCGAAGCUGGAAACUAAUUAAAGAGGGCGGCAAACGCAGGCGGUUAAGAGCCGCCAUUACAGAAAUACAGGAGAAUGGUAAGGAAGAGAAGGAGAGAGAAGACACGAUAACACACCAGAGCAACAGAACCACCAUCAGCAGGACAGGGGCCAUCCAGAACAACAACUUCACGGUUGGGCCAUCGACAGAUUCUCCUCCAGGGAGCAGGACUCUCCCAGAUCCUCCAGGUUCCAAGGAAGCUCCCUCUCAGUCUAAGAUCCAAAACACAAAUCAGGGCCUUCCAUCCAGGCCCACAACUCCUUUGGGGUCACUACAAACAGCAGCACAGCAGCCGAAACACACUGACCUCAGAGACCCUCUCGCAGGUGUCGUGAACAGGGAACAAAACCAGACUGCCAGGGCUGAUGCCCCGGCCCUCAGCUCCAAAGAUGAAGGUACAGACUCAGUCAAACAGAGAGACAAAGACUUUGGUAAACACAGCCUGAAAGGUAAUGUCUCUAAAGCGAACAUCUACGAUAAACACAACACAGCAGACGGCACCAGGAAGGGUAAUGAAGUAGUAGACGUGAAAGAGAGAGAGUUGGAACGUAACCAAACACACAGUGACACACACUCUGAUCACAAAGGUGAAAAAAUGGGCUUUGAUUCCGUUUCCAAACCCCAAUCAGAGCCUCAGCCCCAGAAGCCACAGCUGGCCAGUCACCCGCCCAACAGCCUCGACUGUGCCGGCUGCAAAGCGGGCGAACACUGUGAAUGCAACAAAGACUCGGGGGCCUCGGACGCUGUAGAUACCGGGUCGCUGAGGACCCCGAGGACAGACGAGGCGGUGUGGGCCGCAGCAGCGCUGAGCUUCCUGCUGAUCCUCCUGACCCUGUCAGUGCUUCACACACGCCUGUACCGCCACUGGAGGAACACGCCCAGUCUGUACUGGCGGGACCCGCAGCUGGACUACGACAGUGUGGCAGAUGUGAUCCGCAGGAGGUUACGAAUUGCAAACAAGAGGCACAAAAGGAGCAGAAGACGGGAGUGUGUUCUUCUGCCCAGCUCCUCCAGCUCAGAUGAACAUCCAUAGAACAAUGAAGGAUCACAGCAUGAAGAGAGGACGAUAUCUGCAACAGCCUCUCUGUCAAUGACAAACACUGAAACUCAUUAGUAGGGCAGCUGACAUUGGAAAAAAAGGUAAUUCAUAAAGCUAGCUAUUUUUAUAUCUAAAUGUGCUAAAACUGACGUUACCUGACGUUACAAUACCUGAAUAUGUUAAGUUUGGAUUCAUAAUGAUGGGUGAGGGAUAGCAGAAUAUCAUGUAUUUUGGUCAUUACAGCUGACGUUGGCAUUACACAUAUUUAGAGCCCAGUUUUCUUUUCGUCUCCUUUUUCUUUGGGAAGGUGGUCUUAGGAAUUUCUUUAACAAUCAGAAGUGGGCCUGGAGUUAGAAAAGGUUGAGAACCCCUCACAUGCAAUGUGCUGGAUGUGUGCCUGUAUGCUGUUUGUCUGACAGCUGGAUGAACCACCUCUAUCUAACAAGCUGCAGGAUAACCUGAAAGCUGAAGCAGAAUUUCCACAUAGCUGCUCAAGGGUCAGUUAGGUCCUGAAUUAAAUGGUAUAGAGCGAUCUGAAACAGAACCCUUCACAUGUGGUUUUAGACUGGGACCAUCUCUAUAUCUACCCCUCCUCUCUUAUUAACGAAUUGAGUUUGCAUGUCAUGGAUGUAGUUGUCCAAAACUGCAUUCCCCAAAUCACAAGCGUCAAAGAAUAUUUAAGAAAAGAGGCUAGUGUAUAUCGAUGUCAGCUUACACAACCGUCAUCAGUCAUGUGGUUGUGGAUCAGUCCUUUGACCCCUCAGGACGAUAAAUAUUACA